UUUGUUUUCCUCACCGUUCCCUUCCGCCACUCUUCUUCAUGUGUUGUCGCCUCGCCUCCUCCAGCCGUCACGCAUCACCGUCGCCGCCUUAUCCUACGGCUACUGCUGCCGCUGCCACCUCCAGCCGCCACGCAGGAAGGGCAUGGCUUCUUCCUCGGUGAUUACUCCUGAAGAUGUAUUGGAGAUGUUGAUGAACGAUGGUACAAUUGAUGCCCUCAGAUUGAAGAUCAUCAAUCAACUCAAAGCUAAUGAGGAACUCAAGAGUACCACUAUUAAGAUGGCUGAACAGAGUAAAGUUCUUAAUACCCCUGGGGCUGAGAAACAGACCAAAAGAGAACUGUUUGAUGCACUUCGUCAAGAACUUGAAGCACCAAUACUUGAGAAAGCCUCUAAAUCAGUUUGGGAUUUAAUUUUAGACAAUAGUGGCCUGGGAAGAGAGAUAAGUGAAACAGUUGAAAGAGUAUUUUGUCGAUUGAGUGGCCAGGAGCCUCCUUUAUUUCCUACCCCGAGUGAUGAACCACAAGCUGAUAAUAAGGAGGCUGACAAUAGAAAGGACAAGAAAGGGAAAGGAAAAGAGAGAGAAAAUGAUAAUAUGAAUUCUAACAUUACAGUGAAGAAAAGAAGUUUUGGUGAAAUGAAUUCCCAAGUUGAUGAAACCGCCGGGAGGUCUUCUGAUUCUGCAUCUGUACCAGAAGGUUCAAGCAAAUCGCCUAUGCCCGUCUCAAAAUCUUGAGAUUGAUUUGCCAUGUGAGCUGGCUUCUUAACAGAAUUGAUUACCUCUGGUAAAUAGAUUGUCACUUGUAACAAAUAUUUUUACAGUCUUUAAAGUUCAUGUAACAAAUAGUUUGGCUGCAAUGUCUAUGAUAAGUGAAGUUUAUUUACCGUCUAAAAUUUAGCCUGUUUUGUUCAACUC